AUGCCUGAUGGCCGCGACUUUGAUGGCCGGCAUCUACUCACCCUGGUCCGUAGUGGUAACAAUCCAUUCCAUGACACAUGGGAUGUAAACCUACUCAUUCAGGAAAUCGAGGAGAACCUCUGUGCCCAGGUGAUUGACAUUCCAUGCGUUUCCAACGGCUCCAACAACUAUGGAAUUCACCUCAAGUUGUCCAAUGGAAUGGACGUUGUAGCACGCUUAGCACGCGGCGAUGUCAACAUGCCUGAUUAUGAGGGUUUCCCGAUUCAUGUGCAAGUUCCCGAGGUCAAGUUUGAGACUGAGGUGUAUGAGCUCCUGCAGUCAGAGCCGGAUAUCUUGGCUUCUCGUCUGCUUUAUCAUCGCGUCCCCGUGCAGCAUGAGGGCCCUAAGCUUGAUAGUCCUAAAGAUAUCGCAGGCCGGCGCUUGCUUGUGUUCCAAAGAGCUGAGGGAGAGAGUAACGUGUGGCGUGCCCUCAACCCAGCUCAGAAGUCUUGCCUUCUUUCUCAGGCAGCUCACAUCCGCGCAUCGCUGUACAACUUCCAAGUCCCGCCCGAGUUCGCUUCUGCCUGGCUCCGCGAACGCCUUUUUGAGCAAAAGCCGGAAUCGUUUCCCAUUCCCGUUGCUCCCACUCGCGAGUUCUGCGUUACCCUCUUUACCUCCAAGAUCGAAGCAACCAUCAAGAGCAUUGGUGACAUGAUUGGGUGGGAGGAUGACCAUAACACGGUCGGUCCAGUUGCUGCAGCAGCCAAGCAGUCACUUCUUCGCCUCAUCCCACACAUAAUGCCUGCGGGCGACGACGAGAACCUUUUAUACCGCUUCGUCAUUGACCACGGCGACUUUGGCGUUCACAACAUGUCGAUUGCAAUGGAUGAGAACAGCCAACCUCUUGCGACGUCCUUGUUCGACUGGGAGACCGGAUGCAUUGUGCCAGCCAUCCUGUCCGACCCGUUGAUGGCGGUGACCGUCGAUUUGGUGGCUGAUGAAGAUGCGGCGCCCGCCGUGACCCGCUUGCCUCGCACCGUAACCGCGGACGAGCUGGAGCGAAUCGGGACAUGGCCAAGGCUAUACCUUGAGGCCCUCUUUCUCGAUGCACCGGACUACAAGCGCACUAUCCAGGCGGGCAAGGACGCGCGCCACCUCUGGUUCGCACUGCGAGACUGGCGCGGCGACGAUCCCGAGGACUAUUUUGGCGAUUUGGGAGCCUGGGCUGAGAGAAGGAUAAAUGAGCUUGGUGUGAAUCAAGAAGUCAACUAA